AUGUCAGCGUCUUCAUCGGCCUGUGUGAGCACAACCUUCGCUAAUCCCUCAGUGCUCGGGGCCGAGAUCCUCUCGAUAUCUGCCAGUUUGGUGCAAAAUUUCUCUCGAACAGUUUCCGACCAACUAUACUACAAUCAUCCAUCCAUUACGCUCAAUGGGAUCGAUUAUUGCAAUGUUACUGUCACGUAUACCCAUCCCGGACAGAAUGACACAAUCAAUGUUGAGAAUUGGCUUCCUCUCAACGACUGGAACGGCCGUUUGCAGGCCCUUGGCGGUGGUGGCUUUCUUGCCGGGAGGUUCCCAUUGACGAACACGGCCAUGGCAGGGGCGAUUGGAGAAGGUUACGCGGCAACAUCCUCUGAUGCGGGACUUCCACUUUCCUAUAUUCCUGACCCGUGGGCUCAGGUCAGCUCUGGCAAUGUCAACCUCUAUCUUCUUCAAGAUUUGGCCUCCGUGGCACUUAAUGAUCAGGCUAUCAUAGCCAAAUCCAUAGUGAACGACUUUUACGGACAACCGCCAGCUUACUCUUACUGGAGUGGAUGUUCGCAGGGUGGUCGUCAGGGCAUGAUGCUUGCGCAAAGAUAUCCCGAGGCUUACGAUGGAAUCGCUGCCGCUGCCCCAGCUUUCAACUGGGGUCAAUUCAUUCCAGCAGCCGCUUGGGCUCAAGUUAUGAUGAAUGUACUCGACAUCUUCCCGUAUUCUUGCGAAUUGGACGCCAUAACCGACGCUGCCGUUGCUGCUUGCGAUGGGUUGGAUGGAAUCAUGGAUGGCUUGGUCUCAGACGCCGAGUCUUGCCAUUUCGAUCCUUUUACCACGGUCGGUCAGCAGAUCAACUGUACUGAGACGGGAUCGGUGAUUACGAUUAGCGAUGGAGCUGCCACCAUCGCAAAUCUGACUUGGACGGGUCCGAGGUCAUCUAGCAAUGAAUUUCUCUGGUAUGGACCCUAUUCGCAGGCACGACUGACUGGUGCGGCUGAAGCCACAGGAACUACUUCCGACUUGGGAUACGCCAUGACAAGUUGUAGUAAUGGGACUUGUAUUGGUGUGCCUACUGGCCUCGGCGAAGCCUGGCUGAAAUUCUGGGUUGAAAAAGACCCGGCAUGGAACUAUACCCUCAUCACAUCUACGGAUGAAUAUGCUAGUCUCUUUCAUGCAUCUGUGCAACAGUUUGAUUCCAUCAUUGGCACAGCCGAUCCCGAUCUCCGAGAAUUUGAGGCUGCAGGAGGAAAGAUGAUUACCUACCACGGACUUGCUGACGGUCUUAUUCCUACCGGUGGCACCGUGGACUACUACAACCGAGUAUUGGAUAUCAGCCCCCACGCACAGGACUAUUUUCGCUUCUUUGAGGUACCUGGACUGGCGCAUUGUUCAGGAGGCAACGGUGGACAACCGACUGCCACGUUCCAAGCUCUAGUAGACUGGGUUGAGAAUGGUGUCGUCCCUGAGUCGUUACCGAUUAGCUUCAACGAUACUGAUGGUGUCUUGAACGAGAGGAUCCUGUGCCCGUUUCCCGCAAAGGCGACCCUCAAGUCCACCUGCAUGGCAAGUACCAGCGCUGACUGUUUCGAGUGUGCUUAA